AUGGGACCUUUGUUCAAGAGUAUAGAGUUUGAUAACGGACGUGGAAAAUGUUUAUGUCUAAGCGUUCCAGAGGCUGAGAAAACACAAGUUUGCAUGCCGAAGUUGAGGCUGGAGUUUAUAUUCCUUCGAAAGGAACUGUUCUUGACCAGAGCCAAGAGAGCGGUGAGAAAUCAACAAGAACCACUUCUGGUCAACUCCUUCAAAGGUCAUCUAAAAGCUGUUAAUUCUAUAGCUUUUAUUAACCUUCCAAAAAUUAUAUUCACGGGUAGUCACGAUUACUCGUGCCGUCUUUGGACGCAAGGGGGCCGAUACUUGGGUACUCUUGGUACGGUAUUGCCAUGGUCUAAGCUUACGCCUUUUGAACGCGCUGGUGAUGAUAACCAUUUAUAUCGUUUGCCACCAGAUAUCAAAAAGAUGGCCAGCUCAACGACUUUAAAGGUUGUUUCUGGAGUACAAGCUGAGAGGAUCGUAAAGAGGUCUAAGGGAAAGGUGGCCGAAGAUCGGGAAGAAGAAACCACUCAGACGGAGGACGUAAAUGAGUUAAGAAAACUUCUUGAUGGACCUAUUAAAAAGCCAAUUUUGGGAAAGCAUUUUGAGCUACCAGGGCGUUCCGUUUUAGACCAGCAUGUCGACUUAGACACCAGCCAGAGCUAUAUUGCGGUAUUUACGCACCUUAAAGUUCAUUCAACAGAAAUGUUAGACCUUUUGCCCACGCCAGAUGUGAUAGGCCGCGUGCAAGUCGAGAACUACUUACACCAUUAUGUACCCGUGGAGGGCAAGGUAGAUAUGACCGUCUCUGCUCUAAAUAUAAAACAACCAGCGCGUCGGUGCACAGAAAUAUCGAAUGACCCACGAAAUAUACGCACAGCGAAAACUCAGGGCAAGGCUGGCAGUAUAUAUAAUCAGUACUCUAGUUAAACAUUCUUUUAAAAGU